AUGUCGAUCCGAACGAGUUUUUUCAUUAUAUCGCUAUGGGCGAUACAUGUAUUGGGCCUUAAAAGACUUCUAGAUAGAACGGCUUCCAUCUCAUAUAAUAAAACAUCAAGUUCCGAAACUGCAACUAUAACUUCUAGUGAACUAAGUCUUGAAUGCUGCUAUCUUUCAUCUUUCGAAGUUGGUCAAGUUCUCUGGUAUUCCGAAAUUAUCAACAUUACUGUGGCAACAGUCUCUACUAUCGUGUACCAAUAUGAUAAUACAGUCCUCACAAGUAUCCAGACUCUAUCUACAAGUUCUACAGUACCAUCAAAACCCAUAACACGAUUAUCCAUCUAUGAUCUUCCUACAACGAUAAUCGGGACUGAUUUAGGAGUCUACGAAGCCGAAACAACCUUUAUUCAUGGCACAGCAUUUACCGAUCCAUACGAAACAGUGUAUCACUCUCCAACACCUGUAUGGAUCUACACCGAUAUCAUAUACGCAACUGCAUCACCAACUAUAAAAAAUAGUGCAUACGCAUGCCCUAGCCCAAGUGACAUCAAAAGCGCAUCCGGCGACGAGAUUUCACCCUAUCCAUCAGGAUUUUUCCUCGCCGAUGAGGAUUCAAAUUAUGGCUGGAACUCCCCAGGCGCAAUCUCAACCACAUUGCCAACCCAGCUGCGCGACUGGAUGCUUGAUUACGCCGCAUCAGAUACCGCAAAUACCCUAACAAUUCUUGACCAAUGCAAAUUAGGUGUAGGACGAGGUGUCCCCACCGCCUAUAUUCCCUACUCUAAAAUCACCGCUACUAUAACUACUACAUCAACUAUACUUGGAGUGUAUGGCCACAGCGAUAUUCCUAGCUCAACUAGCCAGAUCGUUGAGGUCUCAUCGUCAUCUACAGCUGCAGCAUCUUCGAGUACCUCGAUCAACACUACAUUUUCUCAAUCUAUUCAAGCAACCACCGUGGUGAUUCCCAUCGCUUCAAUUACCGUUACUAAAACUGUCGAUCUUGCAACUUUCUCCGAAUCAUCUCAGACAUCAAGUGUGCAAAUAAUCACAGCGGUAAACGCGGCGGUUUUGCCUACGGUUACGGCGAAUGCGGCGGUGAUAACUUCUUUUGUUUCUGGGUCCUCGUUUACUACUUCGCGGUAUGUGGUGCUGAGUUCGGAAAGUGGGACGCGAGAUGAGAUGACGAUUGUUGGGGGGAUGAAAACGGAGAUAAAAACGGAGAGAAAGACGGAGAUGGGGGGAAAGGUGAUUACGACUGUAGUUAGUGGGGGUAAGGGUGGAGAGGGCAAAAUUGUAGUGGUUGUGGAUUGGGUUAGUGGGAGUACGGGUACGGGGGAGGGUAGCACGCAGAUGCAGGUGCAGAUGGUGACGGGGACGAGCACGGGGACGGGGACGGUGCAGGUUUGGGCGGAUAGUACGGUGGCUGCUGGUGGGAUAGUACAGAGCUCGAAGGUUUCUGGAGGGGGGAGGGGGAGGGGGAUGGGGAGGAGCCUACUUGUUGCGUGUAUUGUUGGGUGGGUGGGAAGUAUGCUUUUGGUUUGGGUGCUUGGGAUUGGGUUUGGGGGGUUGUAG